GGAGGCAGGCGCCGGCCUGGAAGAACAUGGGGCUGUACCAGAGGUGGCAACGGCUCCGUCUCCCGGGGUUACGAGCCUGCGGGCUACGCACGGUGCGUGAGGCAGCUGUGCCAACCCCUCCACACUGGUUGGCAGAGCGGCUUGGCCUUUUUGAGGAGCUAUGGGCCGCUCAGGUAAAGAGGUUAGCGAACAUGUCACAGAAGGAACCCCGGACCAUUAAGAUAUCACUUCCUGGAGGCCAGAAAGUGGAUGCUGUGGCAUGGAACACAACCCCUUACCAACUAGCCCGGCAGAUCAGUUUAACUCUGGCAGAUACAGCAGUAGCUGCUCAAGUAAAUGGAGAACUUUAUGAUUUGGAGCGGCCCUUGGAGACAGAUUCUGACCUCAGAUUUCUAACAUUUGAUUCCCCAGAGGGCAAAGCGGUGUUCUGGCACUCCAGCACCCAUGUCCUGGGGGCAGCAGCUGAACAAUUCCUAGGUGCUGUUCUCUGCCAAGGUCCAAGUACAGAAUGUGGUUUUUACCAUGAUUUCUUCCUGGGAAAAGAGCGGACAGUCCGGGGCUCAGAAUUGCCUGUUUUGGAGCGUAUCUGCCAGGAGCUUGCAGCUGCUGCUCAUCCAUUCCGGAGGCUAGAGGCUUCCCGGGAUCAGCUUCGCCAGCUCUUCAAGGAUAAUCCCUUUAAGCUUCACCUGAUCGAGGAGAAAGUGACGGGCCCAACAGCAAUAGUAUAUGGGUGUGGCAUGUUGGUUGACCUUUGCCGGGGCCCCCACCUUCGGCAUACUGGACAGAUUGGAGGACUGAAGCUGCUAACGAAUUCAUCAUCCUUAUGGAGGUCUUCAGGGGCCCCAGAGACACUGCAGAGAGUGUCAGGGGUUUCAUUCCCCACAACAGAGUUGCUGAGGGCCUGGGAAGCAAGGAGGGAGGAAGCAGAGUUGCGAGACCACCGGCGCAUUGGGAAGGAACAGGAGCUCUUCUUCUUUCAUGAACUGAGCCCUGGGAGCUGCUUCUUUCUGCCACGAGGGACAAGGGUGUAUAAUGCACUCGUGGCCUUUAUCAGGGCUGAGUACGCCCGCCGUGGUUUCUCAGAAGUGAAAACCCCCACGCUGUUUUCUACGAAACUCUGGGAGCAGUCAGGGCACUGGGAACAUUAUAGGGAAGACAUGUUUGCCGUGCAGCCUCCAGGCCCUAACAAACCUGCCAGCUCCCAGAGUAACCACCCUAGAAAGCAUUCCAUGGACACACUCGCCCUCAAGCCCAUGAACUGCCCUGCACACUGCCUGAUGUUCGCCCACCGGCCCAGAUCCUGGCGGGAGCUGCCCCUGCGACUGGCGGACUUCGGGGCCCUGCACCGGGCCGAGGCCUCUGGCAGUCUUGGGGGACUGACCCGGCUGCGGCGUUUUCAGCAGGAUGACGCUCACAUCUUCUGUGCACCAGAUCAGCUAGAAACAGAGAUCCAAGGCUGUCUCAAUUUCCUUCGCUCUGUCUAUGCUGUCCUUGGCUUCUCCUUCCGCCUGGCACUGUCCACCCGGCCGUCUGGUUUCUUGGGGGAGCCUUGCCUUUGGGACCAGGCUGAACAGGUUCUUCAACAGGCUCUGGAGGAAUUUGGAGAACCCUGGGACCUCAGCCCUGGAGAUGGUGCCUUCUAUGGGCCUAAGAUUGAUGUGCACCUCCGUGAUGCCCUGGGUCGGCCCCAUCAGUGUGGGACAAUCCAGCUUGACUUCCAGUUGCCCCUGAGAUUUGACCUGCAGUACAAAGGGCAGGCGGGGGCCCUGGAGCGUCCAGUCCUCAUUCACCGAGCAGUGCUCGGUUCUGUGGAAAGACUGUUGGGAGUGCUGGCAGAAAGCUGUGGAGGAAAAUGGCCCCUGUGGCUGUCCCCAUUCCAGGUGGUGGUCAUCCCUGUGGGGACUGAGCAAGAGGAAUAUGCCAGAGAGGCACAACAGAGCCUACGGGCUGCAGGACUGGCCAGUGACCUGGAUGGUGACUCUGGACUGACCCUCAGCCGGAGAGUCCGCCGGGCCCAGCUUGCCCACUACAAUUUUCAAUUUGUGGUUGGCCAGAAAGAGCAAAGUAAGAGAACAGUGAACAUUCGGACUCGUGAUAAUCGUCAGCUUGGGGAAUGGGACUUGACUGAGGCUGUGCAGCGGCUGCUGGAGCUGCAGAACACCAGGGUUCCAAAUGCUGAAGAAAUUUUCUGAGCCUUUGUACGCAGAUGAGGCAAAGACCUGCCAGAGCCAUCAGCCUCCUUUAACACAGGAAAUGCCAGCUCAACUGACAGUCUGGAGUCCACCAGAAUCUUCAGCAGAACCCGUGUGGCGGCACAUAUCUGCUCUCCUGAAGAGAGACUUGGUUUGGGAGCCCAGAGGGAGGGAAGCUGUAACUGUUUAGAGUGAGGAGAGUAAAACCAAAAAAAUAAACUUGAAGCUACUG